GAAAAGUUUGGGAUGAGUUUGUGUUUUUGCGCUUGGUGUAGAAAGUGUCCACGGAGCGCUCGCGACAGCAACUGGAGUUCUUGCGCAAACUUCCGAAUACGGAGUACCGCUGGGACACGGACUAUCACACAUCAACUUGACGCCUCGCUCCUGCACGACCACGUCAAGUACCUGAAGCAGAACAUGAGCGUGAGCUUCGCGGAGCCCUUUUACCGGAGCUACAAGACGCACGCGAGCCAAGCGGACGCGGACAGUUCGCUCUUCUUCGCCAACACGGACGCCGCCGACUCGGUGGCCCCGAGCUCCCUCAGGCUGGCUGCUCCUGAGCUCGAGCGGCUGAUCAACAUCACCGGUAACGGCGUCAUCGCCACGACGCCUACGCCAUCGGCACCUGCGCACCUGAACCUGCACCAUGCGCAGCAGGAGGGCUUCGUGGACGGCUUCGUCAAGGCUCUGGACGACAUGCACAAGUCCAACCAGCUGCCGCCGCCGAACGUGUCCCUGUCGGGUGGGCUGUGUCCGGUAUCGGUGCCCUCCUCCGCCUUCGCAGCAGCAGCACCGACAGACGGCCCCGUGUACACCACGCUCGGCUCCUGCUCUGCACUGGCCAACACUAACCUGCCUCCCGUAACGCACGCGAGCUACCCCACCACCACUAUCAGCUACCUGCCCCACGCGCCCCACACCGGUAGCCACCAGCACGCGCACGCGCACUACACACAGCAGCAGCAGCAGCAGAGCCACGCGCCUCACCAUCCCCAUCACCACCCAUAUCACCAGCACGCGCUCGCCUCUGUUACCGGUGCUCACCACCACACAGCAGCAGCGGCUGCCCUGCACGCGCAGAGGUUCGUGGCCCUGAAAGAGGAGCCGCAGACGGUGCCGGACCUGCACAGCAGCAGCGACGGAGGGUCCCCGCCGAUGUCGCCCGUGGACAUGGAGGACCAGGAGCGCGCAAAGGCCGAGCGCAAACGGCUGCGGAACCGGCUGGCGGCCACCAAGUGCCGCAAGCGCAAACUGGAGCGCAUCGCGCGCCUGGAGGAUAAGGUGAAGGUGCUGAAGACGGACAACGCGGGACUGUCGCGUGCCGCCACGGUGCUGCGCGAGCAGGUGGCCACGCUGAAGGGGAAGGUGAUGAAGCACGUGAGCAGCGGCUGCCAGCUGGCCCACCAGGCGCAGGCCCAUCGUACCCAGGAUCCAGUCAUGCUGAUGCGCUGAUGUGGUGAUGUGGCCACUCGUACGCACACCACUGCGAACUUUGGGGAGGGAGAGAGAGGAGGCGGGGGUCAGCGAGAAUACUUGACGCAAAGAUGCAAUAAAGAGACUUUACUGAUUUACCAGCUGCGCAAAAAGCAGCGAGCGUGAUGGCACUGAGGGUUACGCACACGAACAUUCCUGGUUUUAGGGUGUUUGUUGGUGUACCUUAAACAAAUGUCUAUCUGUGUGUGUGUGUGUGUGUGUGUGUGUGUGUGUGUGUGUGUGUGUGUGUGUGUGUGUGUGUGUGUGUGUGUGUGUGUGUGUGUGUGUGUGUGUGUUAUUGCUGGUGUACCUUUUUACAAAUGUCACUAUUUUUGUUGUACGUUACUGUUGUUUGACAACUGCAAAGACUGUAUCAGACGACCCAUACCUCCAAGGGGCACGAGGGGCAUGGAAACCAGUGAACACUUUUACCGAGUCUGGAGCACUUUGGUUCACUCUUGACUUUGGUAGGGACUUAACGUGUGCCCCCCGAGUGCCCCACUGUUUCUUUUUUUUAUUAUUCAAUAUUGCCGUUAUUGUCAAUAUUAUAUAUUUUAAUACAUUCAGUAGCCUACUUAUUUGAAUUGUACAUUUUUGUGUGCGACUUGGACCAUUUCUCCUGUGAAUGUCAAGUUUAAUUUAUUGUGUUUGUCAGGUUGACCCAGAUGAACAAAUUGUGUGUUUUCCCCUUUAUUUGUAUUUAAGUAAAACAACUUAAGAAGUCUAA